AAAUAGUCAGACUUCCGGUGCUUUACUGUGGCGAACGAUUGGCUCACGGAGGCUGGACGUACACUACGUAAGCAAACAUGGCGGAAUACAGAAGAAAGAAACGUUGGGGUCUCGGAGCCAUGUGAAAAUUGUCAGGGACGAAGAGGAGGUGCGCAUCUGUAGCUCUGACCCAGGUAGCCCCGAGUUCAGAAAUGGCAGACGUGCAAGUUAAACAAGAGGAGGUGCAGCAAACGCCAAAAAAGAAUAAGACCCCACGACCCUCCACUAAGGCGAAGAGAGUCUACUGCAUUUUGUGUCGCAAGUUCUAUCUUAAAAAGGAAUCGCACGAUCAUAUGCACAGCAUGCAGCAUCACAACGAGCUGGAAAAGGUGUUGGGCAAGGGUGCCUUUCACAAUUGCCAGGCAUGUAAGAUGGAGUCCCUGGGUUUGGACGAAUACGGCAAUCACAUCCUAACAGCUCAACACAAAGUAAGGUUUAAGAACCUGAAGACCAAAAACGUCAAGUCUGUCCAUCUGUUCAAGACGCUGAGCUCAAGUGUUAUACGCAGCAUCCUGGAGAGAAACAAGAACCUCAAGAAAGAGGAAAAGAAAGCAAUGAAGAAGAAUAAAAAGAAAAAAAAGCAGCAAGCCGGGCAAAGGCGUGUGAAGAUGCAGCAAUCUGGUGUCCAAAAAAAGAAUAUGGACUCUAAAGGAAAGAUGCUAGAAAAAUCCAAACGAUUACAAGCGGUGACUCCAAAUCAGUGGGAGAAAACACAUUUCCCAGGAGGCCACGGCGGUGUCAUUCAAAAUAAGGAGAACAACAUUUCCCACAGGCAAGGACCUCCCUUCAGACCAUUUCCUAAUCUGACCUGGAGAGCCCCUCAUCUGCCAAGAGUGCCUGUCUGUCAACCUCCUCGAUACCAUCAUGGUGGGCCGCAGCCGUCUAAUGCGCACUAUGGUAACGGCGCGUACCACCAAGAGAACGUGAACAGGCUCCCCACUGGUCCGUACAGCUGCCAUAAGGCUGCAGCCAGCCAGACGAACUCCAGUCAGCAAAAUCCUGCAGUAGACGUCUCCUUCACCAGUGACGACUUCCCUGCAACUGGAGCCAUCGUGUUUGACAGCAACCAAGGAGCGAGAGCUCAGCCAGCUCAGCCAGAAGUCGCCUCAGUUCGCCCAGAAAGUUCAAACAGUUCAGCUCAAGAGGAUUCUGAAGACAAAUCUGGCGGCCCGGCUCCCAUACGGGACGUUAAGGCCAUGCUGAAGGAGAUCAGGAGAGCGCUGGGCGUCAGGGAGCCGUGCAGGGCGGACCGAGAAGCCCGCCGGCAGACCGAUAACGUCCAGGCUGCAGAACUUAGCGCAGAGAGUCGAGAGGAUGCAGAGCAGCCGGCAGGAGCUCCGGCUAAGACGCAUCAUGUGGCCGGUCCUCCCGCACAUGCAGGGGUUUCUGCUUCAGCUGUCGCUCCUUUUAAGCAGAAACAGGCAAGUUUCAAAAAGAUGCAAGUAAUCAACCAAGAGAAGAAUCCGCAACAAAUGGAGAACGCAGUGAGUAGCAACGACGCAACGUCUCAGGAGGCCAGCAACGCUUCUACCUCAGCCAGCGGAUACGCAGGCAAAAUUAAAAUUGAGGCCAAUCUGAGCAAACCUGGUAAAGUCUGGGUUGCCCCCAAAUCCGUCGCUGCCAGGGCGGAGAAAGAGACUGUACGUAAACCUGUCCUGGCAAAGUUGAGCAGGAAUGAGAUGCUCAGCGGCACACAGAGGAAAAACCUGAGAGGCAGGCCCCGGUUUGGAAUCGAGUUGGGGGUCCAGCCGACGCACAAUGAAGUGUCUCUGCGAGACGAUGACUUCCCUCUGUCUGAGGGUUUCCAUUGGGAAUCGCUCCCAGGCGGCGGGCCCUCAGUCCCGCCUCCCGUUCUCCCCUCUCCAUACGCCGAUGGUCUCGGUGGAAGGCAGACACCCAUCCAGACGCGGGACUCUGCAGGUCAGCCCGGCGUUCCCCAGGAGAGCUGCAGCGGCAAGACGGCAAGAAAGGUUGUGGUGAAAAAGGAACCAGGCGAAGAUGUGAGCAACAAGAGCCAUGCCAAGAAGAGGGCCCUCAGUAGGGUGGAAGAAGACGGCCUUUCUGACAAAUCAAGCUGUAAGAAGAAGAAAAAAUCCAAAAAGGAGAUUUCAGAGCAGAGUCACAUGGACCAGCUGCUGGCCGUCUCGCUCAGGGAGGACGAGCUCAGCCACUCUCUGCAGAAUCUGGACACGUCCCUGAUCCAGGCUCGCAAUGCCCUGCAAGCUGCAUACACAGAGGUCCAAAGACUGUUGCUCCUGAAACAACAGUUUACAGCUGAGGUCAACGGCCUGAGACAAAGGCGCAUUGAGAUCCUGCAGGAAAUGCAAGGAGGAUACUCUGGAGCUAAUCCAGCGGAGAGCGCCAACACCUUCUCACUGGGGGCUGCGUCCAUCCUGUCAGGGGCUUCCUUUCCUUCCUCACUGCAACUCUCUGCAGCAACCCUGGCUCCUGAUGUUCCUCUUCCUCGUCCGGCUUCCCUUGCUCUGCCGACCGUGUUGGUGAAGCAAGAAGCGCUUCACCCAGUCGCAGCCGGACAGGCGAGUCCGCUGUUCUUACCCCCUGCCGUACAACCCACAGCUGACGGCUCCACUUCAGCCCACGCACUUCCUCCUGAAUCAUCAUCCACGCAGAACGAGCAGGAGACGAGGGACCAGUUGGACCACAACGACGAGCAAUCGUCUGGUUUUGCGGAAGGGACUGAAGAAAAUCUGAGCACAGAACAAAAGCCUGCAGGCGACAGGUCAGCUGAUAAAAGGCAGAAGAAAGCGUCUCACGUGGACGACGAUGGCGACAGCGACAGCUCAGUGGAGGUGGUCAAUUCCAACAAAUCGGAUGUCAUAGACAUUGUAGAAUCAGAAUGUGAGGAAUCGGCGGAGACGGGCGCUCCGGCACGGCCAGAGGAACCUCAUGCGUCUGGGAGCGUGGAGGUCAGCGCUGCAAGCACACAAACGUCUCAGCAGUGCGAAACGGAGAGGAAGUUUCAGCCUGCGGUUAACCAGACAAAUGAUGCCAACCAGCCUGCAGAGUCUGCGGAGGAAGACGAGCCGUCUUUAGGAGCCUUCUCCAAUCACACCGGCCCCGUCCACGGCCUGCAGAUCCACGACGGGCGGCUGUACACGUGCUCAGGCGACAAUACGGCCCGCGCCUACAGUCUGCUGACCAGAGAGUGUGAAGCAGUGUUUGAGGGUCACACCAACAAUGUCAACUGUCUGCUGGUGUCGUCUCCGGCGAAUGCGCUGCCGCGCCUCUACACCGGAUCCAGUGACCACACCAUCCGCUGUUACAGCAUAAAGUCCACGAAGUGCCUUGAGCAGAUCUUGCUACCAGACAGGGUGCUGUGUCUGCACAUAGCCUGGCAUAUUCUGUAUGCGGGCCUCGCCAGCGGAUCCGUCGUCAGCCAUGACCUGAAGACUCUGAAGGAGCUGGACGUGUUGGAGUGCCACGGCCCACGGGGCGUGAGCUGCCUCAGCACGGCCCAGGAGGGCGCCCGGCGCCUCCUGCUGGUCGGGUCGUACGACAGCACCAUCAGCGUGCGCGACGCAAAGAGCGGCCUGCUGCUGCGGACGCUGGAAGGUCACACCAAGACUGUGCUGUGUAUGAAGGUGGUGAACGACCUGGUCUUUAGUGGCUCCAGUGACACAUCUGUUCACGCCCACAACAUCCAUACGGGGGAGUUGGUUCGGAUCUACAAGGGUCACGGCCACGCCGUCACAUCGAUCGUCAUUCUGGGGAAAGUGAUGGUGACGGCCUGUCUGGAUAAACUAGUCCGUGUUUAUGAGCUGCAGUCCCAUGAUCGUCUGCAGGUCUACGGGGGUCACAGUGACAUGGUGAUGUGCAUGGCUGUGCACAAGAGUGUGAUCUACACUGGCUGCUACGACGGCAGCGUCCAAGCGGUCAAACUCAACUUGAUGAAAAACUACCGCUGCUGGUGGCAGGGUUGCUCGUUGAUCUUCGGCAUCCCGGAGCAUCUCACUCAACACCUCGUUAGAGACCACAGCAACCCCAAUCUGCAGACGGUCAAGUGUCGGUGGAAGGAGUGCAACCAUUUCUUCAACACGCAGCAGUCAGUCAGACAGGAGCUGCCUGAACACAUGCAGAGGCACGUGGAUAGUAACAGCCAGCUCCAGCCUUGACAGGAGAGGAGCUGAAGCUCUGCAGAAGAUUAUAUCGAUGAGCUCAGCAUUUUGCUUUCCAGGAUUUUCACUUUUCUUUGUAGAGACACACCUUCUAUUGAUAUUCCAGUCACAGAUUGGCCGUUCAAAUUAUUCCAUCCGGCUUUCUCGUGGGAAAAUCUGCAGCAUUGAACGUGAUGAGCAACCUCAUCUUUUCCUAGGUGUGACGGGAUUUUCUGUUUUCAGUAAUUAUUCUUCACUUUUCACCCGGCGUCUCGGCACAAUUUUGAUUAACAUCCAAUAAAAAGCCACAGAUGUCAUGAUUUUACACAUGAAAUUGAAUCCUUUAGAACAUUUCAGCAAAUCUUCAACCUGGGCAUAAUUAUACCAAAGCACCUCAGAGGCCGCUUGCACUAAAAACGCAAUAACUUCCUAAAUGUGCAGAUUUAUUCGUGCACGCGCAUGAACCAAACAUCAACCGCCUGGCGGCGUUUUUAAUGACCAACUGUAUGAUUCUGGAUAUCCUCGCCUUGGUAAAAUAGAUGUUUUAAUCAACAACUGGGGAAAAAAGCCGGCACCGCGCCUCCAGACAGGAACUGAGUUGUACAGAAACACUUGAUGUAAUGAAAGGAAUAAAAAAUGUUUUCUCAUUUUAAGGAAGAUAAUUGUACUCCAGCUUUCAUCUCCAUCAUAUGCUGACAUUGAUCUUUUUUUUGUGACUGAAUAAAACAUUUACUAAUUUAUAGCAA